UUUAAAUUUUUCUUUCUUUCACACUAAACUACUAAUUUCUUUUCUUCGUCGCCUAGCCCAAGGAUCCAUUCCAUCAUUUGCAUUCUUCUUCGUUUUUACCGAUUCGCCCAUUUUCGGGUCACUGUAAAUGACUCUCAUUGAUACUCAUUCAGUUGAUCCUGAAGAAGACGGGAUGCUUGUUCCUAAUUCAGAUUUUCCUGUUGAAGGUCCUCAGCCAAUGGAAGUUGCGACUGCGGAUACAGCUAGUACGGUGGAUGGUCCACCAGUGGAUGAUCCGCCAUCUGCUCGGUUUUCGUGGACGAUAGAGAACUUUUCGAGGUUGAAUGUGAAGAAGCUAUACUCAGAAGUUUUCCAUGUGGGAGGAUACAAAUGGAGGAUAUUGAUAUUUCCUAAAGGGAACAACGUGGACCAUUUGUCAAUGUAUUUGGAUGUUGCAGAUUCACCGUCAUUGCCUUAUGGGUGGAGUAGAUAUGCUCAGUUUAGCUUAGCUGUGCUCAACCAAGCCCAUAACAAGUUUACAGUGAGAAAAGAUACUCAACACCAGUUUAAUGCAAGAGAGAGUGACUGGGGUUUCACAUCCUUCAUGCCCCUUAGUGAAUUAUAUGAUCCUAGCAGAGGCUAUCUUAUGGAUGAUACAGUCAUAGUUGAAGCUGAUGUUGCUGUUCGUAGGGUCGUUGAUUACUGGUCCCAUGACUCUAAGAAGGAGACUGGUUGUGUUGGCCUUAAGAAUCAGGGAGCCACUUGUUAUAUGAACUCUCUCCUCCAAACGUUGUACCAUAUUCCUUAUUUUAGAAAGGCUGUGUAUCAUAUGCCAACAACUGAGAAUGACAAUCCAUCUGGGAGCAUCCCUUUGGCUUUGCAGAGUUUGUUCUAUAAGCUACAGUACAGUGACACUAGUGUAGCAACAAAAGAGUUGACGAAGUCCUUUGGAUGGGACACAUAUGAUUCUUUCAUGCAGCAUGAUGUACAAGAACUUAACAGGGUUCUUUGUGAAAAACUUGAAGAUAAAAUGAAGGGAACCGUUGUAGAAGGCACAAUACAACAACUGUUCGAGGGGCAUCAUAUGAAUUAUAUUGAAUGUAUCAAUGUGGACUAUAGAUCAACAAGAAAAGAAUCUUUUUAUGACUUGCAGCUUGACGUCAAAGGGUGUCGUGAUGUCUAUGCUUCAUUUGACAAGUAUGUUGAAGUAGAACGCCUUGAGGGUGAUAAUAAAUACCAUGCAGAGAAAUAUGGUUUACAGGAUGCUAGGAAAGGUGUCCUUUUCAUUGACUUCCCCCCUGUUCUUCAGCUUCAGUUAAAACGAUUUGAAUAUGAUUUUGCACGGGAUACUAUGGUCAAGAUAAAUGACAGAUAUGAGUUUCCUUUACAACUCGAUCUUGAUAGAGAAAAUGGCAAAUAUUUAUCUCCUGAUGCAGAUCGAAGCGUUCGGAAUCUCUAUACUCUUCACAGUGUUUUGGUUCACAGUGGUGGAGUCCAUGGGGGACACUAUUAUGCUUAUAUCAGGCCAACACUCUCUGAUCAAUGGUUUAAAUUUGAUGAUGAGCGUGUGACAAAAGAAGAUUUAAAGAGGGCUUUGGAAGAGCAGUAUGGUGGUGAGGAAGAGGUAUUUGUCCAAUUCUUGCUGUCCUUUAAGUUAUCUGCAUAUGCAUUAUUUUCUUGUAUUAUAGCUAUUAUUCAUUCACUGUUCUUGCAACAGUUACCUCAUGCAAACCCUGGGUUCAACAAUUCACCAUUCAAAUUUACAAAAUAUUCAAACGCAUAUAUGCUUGUUUAUAUACGUGAAAGUGACAAAGAAAAGAUUGUCUGCAAUGUGGACGAGAAGGACAUUGCGGAGCAUCUCAGGGUAAGGCUAAAGAAAGAGCAAGAUGAAAAGGAGCAAAAGAGAAAGGAAAAAUCAGAGGCUCACCUUUAUACUAUCAUCAAGGUUGCUCGUGAUGAAGACCUUGGUGAACAAAUUGGAAACGAGAUUUAUUUUGAUCUUGUGGAUCAUGACAAAGUCCGUAGUUUCCGUAUCCAGAAACAGAUGGCAUUUACGCAAUUCAAGGAGGAGGUUGCUAAGGAAUUGGGUAUACCGGUGCAAUUUCAGCGGUACUGGCUAUGGGCAAAACGACAAAACCACACAUAUCGGCCUAAUCGGCCGUUGACACCUCAAGAGGAAAUUCAGUCUGUUGGACAAUUGAAAGAUGUCUCUACUAAAACAAAUAACGCUGAGCUAAAACUUUAUUUGGAGGUUGAAGUUGGCCUGGAUUUGCUACCUUGUCCUCCACCUGAGAAGACCAAAGACAAUAUUCUUCUAUUUUUCAAACUCUAUGACCCUCUGAAAGAGGAGAUAAGGUAUGUUGGGCGGCUCUUUGUAGAAGGCAGUGGCAAGCCACUGGAGAUAUUGACCAAGCUAAAUGAGUUGGCUGGCUUUUCACCUGAUGAAGAGAUUGAACUCUUUGAGGAAAUAAAAUUUGAACCCAAUGUGAUGUGUGAACCUAUUGACCGGAAGCAAACAUUUCGUGGCAGUCAGCUUGAAGAUGGGGACAUUAUUUGCAUUCAGAAACCUCUUCGAAGUCAAACUAGUGAACAGUAUCGAUUUCCUGACGUUCCCUCAUUUUUAGAGUAUGUGCACAAUCGCCAGGUUGUUCGCUUCCGCUCAUUGGACAAACCCAAGGAGGACGAUUUUAGUCUUGAGUUGUCAAAGCAGAACAAUUAUGAUGAAGUAGUUGAAAGUUUGGCUCGCCAUCUCGGCUUGGAUGACCCAUCAAAAAUAAGGCUUACAUCACAUAACUGCUACUCACAGCAGCCAAAACCUCAGCCAAUAAAGUAUCGAGGAGUGGACCGUCUUACGGAAAUGCUUGUUCACUAUAAUCAGACUUCAGACAUUUUGUAUUAUGAAGUCCUCGAUAUUCCAUUACCAGAGCUACAGUGCUUAAAAACUCUCAAAGUUGCCUUUUAUAAUGCUGCAAAAGAUGAAGUGACAAUCCAUACUAUUAGAUUGCCCAAACAAAGUACUGUAGGUGAUGUCCUUAAUCAUCUGAAGACAAAGGUUGAGUUGUCACAUCCAGAGGCUGAACUGAGAUUGCUGGAAGUUUUCUAUCACAAGAUAUAUAAGAUUUUUCCACCUACUGAAAGGAUUGAGAACAUAAAUGAUCAGUACUGGACUUUGCGUGCAGAGGAGAUCCCUGAAGAGGAGAAAAACCUGGGUCCUCAUGAUCGCUUGAUUCAUGUUUACCAUUUUACGAAGGACGCAACUCAAAAUCAAGCACAUGUACAAAACUUUGGCGAGCCAUUUUUUCUGGUUAUUCAUGAGGGUGAGACACUGACUGAAGUAAAAGCACGCAUUCAGAAAAAAUUGCAGGUUCCCAAUGAGGAGUUUUCAAAGUGGAAGUUUGCGUUUUUGUCCCUGGGCCGUCCUGACUACCUCCAGGAUUCAGAUAUUGUGUCCAGUCGCUUUCAGAGGAGAGAUGUUUAUGGUGCUUGGGAGCAGUAUCUUGGAUUAGAGCAUUCGGACAAUGCUCCUAAAAGGUCAUAUGCUACCAACCAGAAUCGACAAACUUUUGAGAAGCCUGUUCGGAUCUACAAUUAGUCUUCUAAAUGACUGAUCAAUAUCUUUGAUGGGGCAUGUAAGAUCUCGCGAAGAAGCAGCACUAGGAUCAUCAGAAGAUAGCAGCCUGACAGUUAAUGCAGUGACAUCUCGGUGGUAAUAUAACUUUUGUGGGGACGUGGUUGAGCAUAUGAGCUUACAUUCUAUUUGGCAAGCAACAUCUUAUUUGAUUCAAGCAGGUUUAGGUGGCAGAAAACGUUGAUCAAUUGUAAUUUUAGGCGAUGCACAUGAUUUUCGGGUGGGCAUGUAUAGAGGGUAUAGAUGUUCGUUUUGACAUUGUUUUUUUUUUUUUUUUGUCGUAGUUCCUGUUCCUCCUUUUUGACAUUCUCAGUUCUCCCAUAAUUAGAUGUCUCGUAAAUAACGAUCGGGAAGAACAGAAGGCUGGGAUAUUCCAUAGUGACAUUGUUGUAGAACAGUUGAAAGGGAUAUAUCGCAGUUUUUAGUGUCUUUGCUUGCAAAAUGUCCAAGUCAUAGUGUAUACGGUAAAAAUUGGAUUUAGGCUAGACCGGUGAGACCGGGAAUUGAGGGAAGAAAGAAACAAGCACGAGCAUGAAGACUUUCUCCCGGACCGAAGGUAUCUCACUAGAAGUGGGUCAGAAGGAAGCGAAGGAAAUCGUUUGGUUCGGUUUCUCCAUAACCGAGUUGAUCGUGACCGUUAGUCCGAGUUGAUCGUGGCUGUUAGUCCGGUUGAUCGUGACCGUUAGUCCGGUUGAUCAGUUACACAAUUGCCACGGGUCAAAACCGUUCUGUCACAUUUUACUGCCAAUCGUACGGAUGUCAGACCUUACGGCCUAACCUUAUCCUUUUAGGGUUUUCUUUAUUCAAAAGAGUUUUAUGUUGUUAGAAGGCCCAUAAGGCAAAACUAUGAAUAGGAGUCAUUUCCCUACUUUUGAGGGUAGCCUUUCAAGAUCAAAAACAUUGUAAUAGCAAAAUAUAUAAAAUCUCUCUCUCUCUUUGAUA